AUGAACAACCCAACACAGCCACCCGGCGUUAAUGGCGAAGGACCAAUCGACAUCCACAAACCCUUCACCUCAGGCGAGCGCAUCCAACAGCUCGGGGAAAUCGACCAGGACAUCGCCUCCCUACUCCGACAACAACAACAACCACCCCUCCAAUCCCAACCCAUUUUCAGACGGCACCACCGCCCCCCACCGACCCCAUCACGGCCUUUCAACACCGCCCAAUCCACCUUCUUUAACACAGUCGACCGUAUCGACAAGCACCUCACCCGCCAAAUCCUCGCGCUCGAAGAAGUAGGCAUCAUCACGCUGCGUAACAACGCGGCGGCCGGCGCCGACAGCCAACAAGGGGGGGAGGCGGGCCUCGGCCAACAACAACAGCAACAACAACAACAGCAGCAGCAGCUUGGUGGGGGCGAGGCGGGCGGUGCUGGUGGUGCCGGCGGUAAGGCGCGGGCUGCGGGGCCGAAGCGGCUGGAGCCGGAUGGGAUGGGCCGGUAUGGCUCGUUGGAUGUGGGGAAGUUGAAUAUGGCUAGUAGUACGGUGGAGAGGGAUAUGGAGAGGGAUGUUGUGGCUAGCGGUGCGAGGGAGGAGCUUGGGAAGGUUGUGGGUGAGGGGGGGGAAGGUACUACGGCUGGCGUUGACAUGGUCUGGGUUGGGUCCGGGAGGUGA